GUGAGCGCCGUGGGCUAUGGGAUGGAUGAGGUGGAGCAGGACCAGCAUGAGGCCCGACUCAAGGAGCUGUUUGACAGUUUUGACACGACAGGCACCGGGUCCCUCGGACAGGAGGAACUCACCGACCUUUGCCACAUGUUGAGCUUGGAGGAGGUGGCCCCAGUGCUCCAGGAGACGCUGCUUCAGGACAACCUCUUGGGCAGGGUGCAUUUUGACCAAUUUAAAGAAGCAUUAAUACUUAUCUUGUCUAGAACUCUGUCAAAUGAAGAACACUUUCAAGAAUCAGACUGUUCACUAGAAGCUCAGCCCAAAUAUGUUAAAGGUGGGAAGCGUUACGGACGAAGGUCCUUGCCUGAGUUUCAAGAAUCCGUGGAAGAGUUUGCAGAGAUUGAGCCACUAGAUGAAGAAGCACGGCCUUCACACACCCCAGCCAGUGACCCCCACGAGCACUGGAAGACACAGCGCAGUGAAGAGUAUGAAGCGGAAGGCCAGUUAAGAUUUUGGAACCCAGAUGACUUGAAUGCCUCACAAAGUGGGUCUUCUGCUCCUCAAGACUGGAUAGAAGAGAAACUGCAGGAGGUUUGUGAAGAUCUGGGGAUCACCCGUGAUGGUCACCUGAACCGAAAGAAGCUGGUCUCCAUCUGUGAGCAGUAUGGCCUGCAGAAUAUCGAUGGAGAGAUGCUUGAGGAAGUCUUCCAUAAUCUUGAUCCUGAUGGUACAAUGAGUGUAGAAGAUUUUUUCUAUGGCUUAUUCAAAAAUGGAAAAUCCCUCACACCAUCAGCAUCUACUCCAUAUAGACAGUUGAAAAGGCACCUCUCCAUGCAGUCCUUCGAUGAGAGUGGACGACGUACCACAACCCCAUCAGCAAUGACAAGUACCAUUGGCUUUCGGGUCUUCUCCUGCCUGGAUGAUGGGAUGGGCUAUGCAUCAGUGGAGAAAAUACUCGACUCCUGGCAGGAAGAGGGCAUUGAGAACAGCCAGGAGAUCCUGAAGGCCUUGGAUUUCAGCCUUGAUGGGAAUGUCAACCUGACAGAAUUGACACUGGCUCUUGAAAAUGAACUUUUGGUCACCAAGAAUGGCAUUCACCAGGCAGCUCUGGCCAGCUUUAAGGCUGAGAUCCGUCAUUUGCUGGAGCGAGUUGAUCAAGUGGUCAGAGAGAAAGAGAAGCUACGGUCAGAUCUGGACAAAGCUGAGAAGCUCAAGUCUCUAAUGGCUUCUGAGGUGGACGAUCACCAUGCAGCCAUCGAGCGGCGCAAUGAGUACAACCUCAGGAAACUGGAUGAAGAGUACAAGGAGCGAAUAGCAGCCUUAAAGAAUGAACUCCGAAAGGAGAGAGAACAGAUCCUGCAACAGGUGGGCAAGCAGCGCUUGGAACUUGAGCAGGAAAUUGAAAAGGCAAAAACGGAAGAGAACUACAUCCGGGACCGCCUUGCCCUCUCUUUAAAGGAAAACAGUCGUCUAGAAAAUGAGCUUCUGGAAAAUGCAGAGAAGUUGGCAGAGUAUGAGAAUCUGACAAAUAGACUUCAGCGAAAUUUGGAAAAUGUGUUAGCAGAAAAGUUUGGUGACCUGGAUCCUAGCAGUGCUGAAUUCUUUCUGCAAGAGGAGAGGCUGACACAGAUGAGAAACGAAUAUGAGCAGCAGUGCAGGGUAUUACAAGACCAAGUGGAUGAACUCCAGUCUGAGCUGGAGGAAUUUCGCACACAAGGCAAAGUGUUGAGACUUCCCUUAAAGAACUCAGAGUCAGAAGAACUUGAGGUUAACAGUGGUUGCAUUGAGCCUGACCAGGGGCUUGGUUCUGAAGAAUGCAAUCCAUUGACUAUGAGCAUCGAGGCAGAGCUGGUCAUUGAGCAGAUGAAAGAACAACAUCACAGGGACUUAUGUCGCUUAAGACUGGAGCUUGAAGAUAAAGUGCACCAUUAUGAAAAGCAGCUAGAUGAAACCAAGGUCGCCUGUGAAAAGGAGCAAGACAGCAUGAAGCAAAAGUACGAGAAUGAGGUCCGCGUCUUGGAAAAACAACUAAGUGACCUUAAAAACGAAACUGCAGAACUUCGGGGCCAGGCAGUGGUGCUCAAGGAAGCACAACAUACAACUCUCUGCAGACACGAGGAGGAGAAAAAAGAACUGCAAAUGAGGUGGGAUGAGGAAAAGGCUCACCUGCGGGAGAAGCUGAGGCUGGAACACGAGAUGGAACUCAAGGCUCGCCUGGAGCAGGCAGAGGACAGCUUUACCCGGGAGAGGGAAGGACUCCUUCGGAAUGGCGCCUGGACAGAAGAGAAGGUGAGAGGCUUGACUCAGGAACUCGAGCAGCUUCACCAGGAGCAGCUGAAAAGCCUGAUUGAGAAGCACGCUCUUGAGAAGGAGGAGUUGCAAAAAGAGCUCUUGGAAAAGCACCAAAGGGAACUUCAAGAGGGAAGGGAAAAAAUGGAAACUGAGUGUAAUAGAAGAACCUCUCAGAUAGAAGCCCAGUCUCAGGCCGAUUGUCAGAAGGUCACCGAGAGGUGCGAAAGCGCUCUGCGGAGCCUGGAGGGGCGCUACCGCCAAGAGCUGCAGGAGCUCGUGGAACAGCAGCUGGAGGAGAGAUCCCAGUGGGAGUUUGAGAAGGACGAGCUCGCCCAGGAGUGCGCCGAAGCCCAGGAGCAGCUCAAAGAGACUCUGCAAAGAGAGAAAGCAACGUCUCUGGUCCUGACCCAGGAGAGAGAGAUGCUGGAGAAAACGUACAAGGAACAUUUGAGUAGUAUGGUCGUUGAAAGAGAGCAGCUGCUCAGAGACCUGGAAGAUCUAAGAAACGUGUCUGAAAGUCAACAGAGCCUGCUGUCCGACCAGAUACUUGAGCUGAAGAGCGGUCGUGACAGAGGUCCGAAGGACGGGGAGCAGGUCCCGUGCCAGGCGGGCGCCUCAGAGCAGCAGGCCAGCCAGCAGCUUGAGAAGCUGGAAAUGGAAUGUGACCGGGAGAGGCAGGAAAUGAUGGCCAAGCUUCAGGCCAUGGAGAGCGUCCACAGGGUGACCUGUGAGAAGGCAGAUCAGGAGAGGGCCCAGAUGAGCACAGAAAUCUCCAGGCUGCAGAAUAAAAUCAAGCAAAUGCAGCAGGUGGCAUCUCCUUUCUCCAGGAGAGAGAGUGGCUGCCAGGCAGCAGGAGGGGAGGACGCAGAAGGAAGUGGAGCCAUGUCCCUGCUCCAGCAAGGAAAGCAGUUGUUGGAAGAGAAUGGAGAUGUCCUCUUGAGCCUGCAGAGAGCUCAUGAGCGAGCAGUGAAGGAAAAUGUGAAAAUGGCCACUGAAAUUUCGAGAUUGCAACAGAAGCUACAGAAAUUAGAGCCAGGGUCGGUGAUGUCUUCUUGUUUAGACGAGCCAACUACUGGAUUCUUUGGAAAUUCUGUGGAACGGACAGAGCCAUUUUUACCGCAAAAUCAAACGAAGCAAGUAGAAGGUGUAGCCACACGGUGCGCCCUAAGUGACCUACAAGACGAUGAGGCCCCGGAUCUGGGAAGUACAGGGACGAGCUCAGCUCAGAGACAGGAGGUCAAGACAGAGGAGUCUGAAGCAUCAAUAGAGAGUUUUUCCGAGCUUGAGAAUAGUGAAGAGACCAGGACCGAGACCUGGGACCUGAAGAAUCAGAUUUGUCAGCUUCAGGAACAGCUAAUGACCUUGCGUGCAGACUGCAGUCGAGCUUCUGAAAAGAAACAGGACCUGCUUUUUGACGUUUCUGUGCUAAAAAAGAAACUGAAGAUGCUUGAGAGAAUCCCUGAGGCUUCCCCCAAGUAUAAAUUGUUAUAUGAAGAUGCCAGCAGAGAAAAUGACUGUCUUCAGGAAGAGCUGAGAGUGAUGGAGAUGCGCUAUGACGAAGCCCUAGAAAAUAACAAAGACCUCACUUCGGAAGUUUUCAAAUUGCAGGAUGAGCUAAAGAAAGUUGAAGAGGUGACUGAAACCUUCCUUAGCCUGGAAAAGAGUUAUGAUGAGGUCAAGAGAGAAAACGAGGAACUGCAUGUUCUGGUUUUGAGGCUUCAGGGCAAGAUCGAGAGGCUCCAGGAAAGAGCGGCGCUGCGCUGUGACUGCUUCUCCUUAUGGGAAGCCCAUUUAGAUAACCGGGAAGUCCAACCUGACGAGAAGGUGCUCGGACGACAUCAGACAUGGGAAGAGCGUGUGCCCACGGUGACAAGUGUCCACCAUAUUCUAGAAGAACAUUAUCAAGAAAACCAGUACCUCGAGCAGCAGAAUGCACAGCUCGUGGGAGAAGUAAAAGCGAGUGAAAUUGCCUGGCUUCACAGAACAAUCCGGACACGUCGAGAGAAGCCCAGAGUACGGAACCAAGUUCUGCUGGAGGAAGACACUGCUCUGCCGGGCCUUCAAGACGGACAUCUUCAGCGUCAGGCCACCAUAGCGGAGUUGGAACUGGAGAAGAAGAAGCUGCAGGAGCUGACUAGAAAGCUGAGGGAGAGAGUCACUACUUUAGUUAAGCAGAAAGAUGGACCUUCUCAAGGAGAAAACGAGGAAGAACUAAAGGCGAUGAUGCAUGACUUGCAAAUCACGUGCAGUGAGAUGCAACAGAAAGUUGAACUUCUGAGAUGUGAAUCUGAGAAGCUUCAAGAAGAAAAUUCUAUUUUGAGAAGUGAAAUUACUACUUUAAAUGAAGAAGAUAGCAUUUCUAACCUGAAAUUAGGGAAAUUAAAUGGAUCUCAGGAAGAAAUGUGGCAAAAAAUAGAAACUGUAAAACAGGAAAAAGCUGCAGUUCAGAAGAUGGUUGAAAAUUUAAAGAAACAGAUUUCAGAAUUAAAAACCCAAAACCAACAAUUGGAUUUGGAAAAUACCGAACUUAGCCAAAAGAACUCUCAAAAUGAGAAAGAACUGCAAGAACUUAAUCAACGUCUGGCAGAAAUGCUACGCCAGAAGGAUAAAGAGCCAGGGCGCAGUACAUUGGAGGAAUGGAAACAAGAAAAGUCUAAUCUAAAGGAAGAACUGGAACAAUGUAAAGUGCAGUCCUCCACUUUAGUGUCUUCUCUGGAGGCAGAACUGUCUGAAGUGAAAAUACAGACUCAUAUUGUGGAACAGGAGAACCUCCUUCUCAAAGAUGAACUGGAGAAAAUGAAACAACUGCACAGAUGUCCUGAUCUUGGUGACCUCCAGCAAAAACUUGCUAGUGUUCUCAGCUACAAUGAAAAACUGCUGGAAGAAAAGGAGGCUCUCAGUGAAGAACUAAAGAGCUGUGUGGAUAAGUUGGCAAAAUCAAGUCUUUUAGAGCACAGAAUUGCUACUAUGAAGCAAGAACAGAAAUCUUGGGAACACCAGAGUGAAACCUUAAAGUCGCAACUAGAGGCUUCACAGGAAAAGGUUCAGAGUUUAGAAGACACCCUACAGAAUGUGAACCUGCAAAUGUCCCUGAUUAAAUCUGACCUACGAGUGACUCAGCAGGAAAAGGAGGCUUUGAAACAAGAAGUGAUGUCUUUAUAUAAACAACUUCAGAAUGCUGGUGACAAGGUAAUUUCUUUUUUAUUGAGGUAUAACUUUAUACAGUUAAGUGCACAGAUUUUAAGUCUGUAUUAUACAUAUUAUGUCCGUCAACUGGAAUCAAACCUUCUUCCCCCUAAGCACCAAAAACAUCUAAACUCAUCAGGUACGGUGAGGCCUACAGAGCAAGAGAAGUUGAGCUUAAAGAGAGAGUGUGAACAGUUUCAAAAGGAACGAUCACCUACUAAUAGGAAGGUCAAUCAGAUGAAUUCCCUUGAAAGAGAGUUAGAAACAAUUCAUUUGGAAAAUGAAGGCCUGAAAAAGAAACAAGUAAAACUGGAUGAGCAGCUAAUGGAGAUGCAGCACCUGAGGUCCACUGUGAUGCUUAGCCCAUCCCCUCCCACGUGGGAUCUCCAGCUGCGCCAGCAGCAAGCCUGUCCGAUGGUGCCCAGGGAGCAGUUUCUGCAGCUUCAACAGCAGCUGCUGCAGGCAGAAAGCGUAAACCAGUGCCUGCAGGAGGAACUUGAAAACAGGACCUCCGAAACCAACACGCCGCAGGGAAACCAGGAACAACUGGUAACUGUCAUGGAAGAACGGAUGAUGGAAGUUGAACAGAAAUUGAAACUGGUGAAAAGGCUUCUUCAGGAUAAAGUGAAUCAGCUCAAAGAACAACUGUGCAAGAAUACUAAAGCAGAUGCGAUGGUGAAGGAUUUGUAUGUUGAAAAUGCCCAGUUGUUGAAAGCUCUGGAAAUGACUGAACAGCGACAAAAAACAGCAGAAAAGAAAAAUUACCUCCUAGAAGAGAAGAUUGCCAGCCUCAGUAAUAUAGUCAGGAAUCUGGCACCAGCACCACUGACUUCUACACCUCCCUUGAGGUCAUAGCCAAGCCAAAGGAUACACUCAUUUGUGCACUUUACUGAAAUGGAUGGAACAUUUCAGUAGGUUCUCUCAACCUUUUUUUUUUUUUUUUUAAACCUUUACUGGUUUAAAGUUCAGCUCAACCUAAAACUGCCAGCAACAGAACUGUACUCUCCAUUCACUGUAAUUAGUUUUUCUAAAGAAACUCUAAUGGGAGCUGCAAAUAGUCACAUAUUUCACUGUUUAAAUUAUUCCCCAGUUUUGAAUUUUAAAGACAUACCCUGAUAGCCACCAAAAAGGUGGGUAUAUGAACACAAUACAAGAAUCUUAAAACCCCCAGUUGUGAAUAAGUUAAAAAACAAAACAAAACAAUAUUAUGUACAAAUGUUUGUGUAAAUUCCAGGUAUUUUAAGUUUUAGAUCUGAUGAGUUUGUUUUGAUCUUUAUUUGAAAACCAAAUGUCUGUCUUCUUACACAUUUAAAUAUGGAGAAGUCAUUCUGUUUCCAAUAAUUUUGGCUCUUUAGUGAGAGACCCUGAGCUCAAUAACCACGGAGGACAAAAGAGCCAGAGCCCAUGUACUUGACCUUCUAACACCUAUGGCAGUAUUACCACUCCUGAUGGAUUAUGGAUACUAAAAACUGAUUUACUCAACUGCACUGUUAACUAAGGUUAAAACUGUACUUGCUUUAAAAAACCCAACUUUCUUUAAGCAUUUUUUUUCCUUCUGACAAGUUUCAUUUGGGGAGCUUAUCUUCUACGAAAUGGAUAAAGCCACAUUCUUAUAGCAUUUGAGCUAUAAGGAAAGCACUGAACACAAACCACUUUCAACAGUUACUCUUAGAAGAGAGUUGAGCAAACCAUGUGGUUUUCUCUCUCUCCAAAGUCUUGGAGUUCAUCAACUUACUUUUAGGGUUGCUUCAAGAACUCAGGGAACAAUAUUUUAAAUGGUCUUCCUGAAACACUGUAGGGCCUCUUUAAGAAUCUGAAAUGCAUAAGCCAUGUGACCUUAUUUGUCUUAGAUUUAGUGCCAUAGGAUUUUUAGUUUUACAUUUUUACUGAAUUUACUCUUUUGGGAAAAAAGGUAUUGAUUUUAGCGUUAAAAACCUAACUUGAAGUUAUUAUUUAACAGAGGAAUAGGAAGUAUGGAAAUUUUAACCUAACACCUCAAAUCUGAUCAUAAGAAUUUCUUAACUCUGAUAAGCACUGGCAUGCAUUCUGAGGUAAAGGAGUGCCAAAUAGGAUUUUCCAUUCAGGCUCAAGACCAGAACUUUCUAGAACAGUCAACAUUUUAGAAUAGGUAACUUUUAUUUUCCCCAAGUAAAAUCUUUGCUUCUAGCCCACUUCAGCUAGUCAGGCAUUGGUGGAGGACUUACUAUAUGUAAGACACUAACAAAGCUCAUCUUAACUAGCUAUUUGUUUUUGUGGGACAGCAAUUAGAUGAGAAAAAUUCACUCUGAUACAUUCCUGGAAGGCCAAGCCCAUCAAUUUACAAGACAAAUAACAGCAAAAUCACAUACUGCUUUAUGGGCAGCAACAAAAGAUGAAGCAAACCACCUAAGAGGUCAUAUAGAGUUAACAAAAAAAAUCUUUGGGCACCUGGGUGGCUCAGUGGGUUAAGCAUCCAACUCUUGAUCUUGACUCAGGUCAUGAUCUCACGGUUCAUGGGAUGGAGCCCCUCAUGGGGCUCUGCCCUGACAGCAUGGGCCUGCUUGGGAUUCUUCCCCUCUCUCUGCCCUUCCCCGACUUGUGUGCGCAAGCACUCACGCUCUAAUAAACAAAAAAAAUUUUUUAACAAAAUUUGCAUCAAGCAACUUUAGAUAGGUUUGUGGCCUAACCAUCUAUUAGUCCCACCUGACAACCUACUGCCAGCACCGGAGUCCUCACUACCAGAGCUCUGACAAGGCAUGGCCAUUUGUGGGACUGGAAUUCACAUUCAUGAAACAGACCUUUUCAUGUUUGGACAGCUCUUAUCAGAAAGUCAUGAAUACCCCCCUGGAAAAAUAACUAAUUUUAAUUCUUCCAUUUAGUUAUCCUUCAAAACAUUUGAUGUCUGCUAUCACGCCUUCCUUAAUCUUUCUUCCCCAGUACAAACAUUACUAGUAAGCCCAACUACUUGUAUGGCAUAGGCUUUAACAGAGAAUCUUUUUCACUUAAAACUGUGGAUAGACCUAGGCUACUAAGGUCAUAAAUAAACUAUGCAUCUGUGGUAUAUUUAUGUAAUAUGAUUCAAGUUACUCAAGGUUAUUGCUAUCAAAACUGAACAAGCAAAUUAUUCAAAUUACUGGCUUUAGCAUAUGAUCACAUGUGUUGUAUUUUUUACAUUAUGAAAAGCAUAGGUUAAUUUCUCAUUAAUGUGUAUUUACAUGUAUAUAAAAUGCUGUACAAUGCAUGUAAAUAGGACUUUCUGGAAAGUUUUAGAAAACAUUCAGAAUCCCCUUUAUCCAAAAAUCAAAAUGCUGCUCAAAUGAAAGUUGACUCAGUCAAUAUCUAGGUGCUUAUUCAUUUCUUGCUUUACUGCACUUAUAAAAUUCCAAGACCAACAUGAGAAAUAGUUACCUUAAAUUUACACAUUUGUGCAGUUUAUUUUUGUAGACUAGAGUGGGAAUUUAGCUGGCAAUUUAUAAUAGCACGUUAUUUUAUAGGCAUUUAGCCACUUGUUUAUUAAAAGCACUGGUUAAACUUUCUUUGUAUUUCUGAACAGUUAUUUAUGUUAGUUUCAGAAGAUGGGAUCUUCAUUUCAAGGAAAGAAAAUCAGGUUUGCCUUUGUGAUAUGUUAACUGAGACAAAAAUGUGUGUAACAAAGCCUACAUUGUUCUAUUUUUGCUUUCUUAUGCUUUUUAGAGCCUGAACACUUAAGCUCAAGUUGUGAGGGGAGAAAAGUAGAGAGGGAGGGGUAGAACUGAUCACAGUAUUUUAUUUUUCUAAAACUCUUUUAAAACCCAGAUUUUAAAAACUAUUUUAAAUGUGAAUCCUUCCCAGGAGCUUCAAAUGCAUUGCUUAUGUAUUCAAUCUCAAGCAUAUUUUACAUAAAUAGAUCACAAAAUCAUGAGUUUUAGGGUAUCAAAGGAGGUCUUACAGGUCUAGUGUUUCAAUAAUGUACCAAUACCCAGGUCAGGUAUUGUUAUGAUGAACUUUUUUUUUUUCUGGAAGAAUGAAUAAAAAGUCUACUUUAUGGUCAACUUUGACAUGUAGGAAUGAUUUUUUGUGGGUUUUUUUCUUGGGUGAAGAAAAAAAAAAAGAAAUGUGUUGUUUUUGUCAGCAUCUUAAAAGGUAUUCCCAAUCCAGGCACAACUAAGUGCUUUGUUCAGAGAAUUGAGCAAGUCUUGUUUUGAAUGGAUUACCUAUAAUGACUCAGUGGAAUGAGAGACAAGUUCGGCCAAAAGCCAAGUCAAAACCUAAUAACCAAAGUAUUCCAUAUUUAAAACUUAUUAUAUCAUGUUAGGGCCUAUUUGAACAUCUCAUAGACUAAAACAGAAAACACUGCAUGGCAUAUGGAUAGCUGUUUAAUAAUAAAAGCUCUUUAUUUCUCAGCUUUUUUGAAUGAUUUAACAUUAUGAGAAGGCACUUUCACACCAUGAUUUAAGGGAACACUGGUUUUGUGGAGGAAAAAAAAAAAAACAAGUUCAUCAAAAGCCAUCCACGGGAUAACUUUUUGAAAUAAAAUUGUGUAUGUGUUGAUAUCAACUUUGUGUAUUUCAUCUUAGUCAUUCUAUCUUAGGAAGGUUUUAAUGUGAGCUUAAGAUGUAAAUAAAUAAUUUUGCAAACAUG